UGGGUGCCGUCGUGACGUCAAACCUAAACAAGAAGCAGUUUGCUGGUGAUUAUUGCCAGAUAAACUAAGUGGAUUUUCUCUCCAUUGAUAACUGUUAUCGUUAUGUCUCAGGACCCGUGGUUACAGAAUUAUGACGCCACUUGUCGCUUGGCACAGGAAACGGCAGAAAACAUUCAUGAGCGCAACAGGCAGCAGAGAACAGGGGGGAACCCUGCAAAGAUCAACAUGACACUGCGAGCGUCACUGCAGAAGCUCAAACAGAACAUUGCCCAGCUUAAAGAGGGUUUGUUGCGAGCAUCAUCAAGUCGGCGCUUGAUGCAGUCAGAAGCUGAUAGGAGACAGAACCUUAUUGACGACCUGCUAACCAGAGAGAAGCAGCUCAAUGCCACCCUCAAGGGAGACUUCAUGGAGUCUGAACCUUCAAGGUCGAUGUUGAUGGGCUCGGGGGCAGGAUCGAGCGGAGGCGUUGUGGCCAACCCCUGGCUGGUCAACGAAUCGGAGGAAACCACAGGACUGACCUUUGGGCAGAUCAAACAGCAGCAACAACGAAUCAUCGAAGUCCAGGAUGCAGGCUUGGAUGCGCUGGCCGCCGUCAUCAGCAGACAGAAGAUAAUGGGCCAGGAUAUCGGCAAUGAGCUGGAAGAACAGAACGAAAUCAUUGACGACCUAACGCAUCUGGUGGACAAGACGGACGACAGGAUUCGCAACGAGACCCGAAGAGUGAAGCUCGUGGAGACAAAGUCCACCUCCUGUGGGAUGCUGGUGGUGAUCGUGCUGCUCCUCAUCGCCAUCGUAGUGAUCGCCGUGUGGCCCGUGUAGCUGACGAGGACCCGCGCUCGACGACUCCCGCGACGGCAGCCUGAAACCUUUUCUGCAUCGACUCUACACACAACAAACAAACAUUGUCUCUUAAAUGGAGACAAAGGGCCAACUGAGCCAAUGGGAAAGGAAGCCUACUUUUUUCUUUUUAUAUAUAUAUAUGUAUAGACGCUUGUUCUAACAAUUGUUAAUGUGUCUGUCUGUUAAAUUCGCAUUGAAUCAAAUGGUUAAAGUACGGAGGGGUUUGAAGGCCUUUUGAACACUAUCUGAGUCUGGACUGUGGGCGAUGCGGAACCUCUGUCCCUGGUUCCGGACCGAGCCUCACACUGACGGGCCGUGCAAUCCUGGCAACCUUUCCACUCUAUCAUAUGCAUUUUAUAGCGUUCAUGAAAUGGCGCUCAGCCAUAACGGUCGACCAGCUGAUGUGGCUGCUUUUCCCUUCCUUGUAAAUCAACUCCCCUUGUAAUUGCUAAUAAAUGGCAUUUCCUGUUAAAACUGCAGCCUGUCCGUGUUAAAGUACAGCAGUGUUUUAUUACAUGACGUUUAGCUGAAUUAACUAGUACCACCAACCCAUACCUCCAUUUGGAAACCGGCAUAGUGUUUUCACUAAUGUACCUGUGAUAUUAUGAAUAGGCUACUGGUAAAUGUGCCUCUUAACGUAAUAAAUGAAACAGGAUCAUGCAACUCAA